CUCCACCUCUAAUAAAUUCGUCUUGCUUUUAUUAUUUAUUUAUUUAUAUUUUGAUCGUGGUAUAGAUUCGCCUUGCUAUUGCCUUUGAAAUUAUUUGGUGUUAAUUCUGAUAACAAAAGCGGCUGAAUAGGCAAAUAGUAUGCAGAUAUGGGCGCUGCAAGCGAUUUAAGUUUCGAUAGCAUCUGCAGGACUUGCAUGCAUGUGGUAGCUGAAGAGGAAACGUUUGCCGCCACAACCGCAGAGAUAAAGUGCCACUCUAUCUUCGAUACGGUUGCAGAAUGCGGCACCAUGCGAGUCGUUGAAUUACUAUCAACCACUACACCGCAACUACAAGUAAACUUCAGUGAUGAAUUGCCACAAAAAAUUUGCCGAGAAUGUUUAAAGCUUUUACUGAGCGUAUAUCGCUUCCAGCAAAUGUGCAUACAAUCCGAACAACAAAUGCGCGAAAUAUUAGAUAAAAGAUAUCUUGAUGUAAAACUGAUGAUCCCAGUGCUAUUGACGGAAAGUACAGAAGGGCCAAAGCAGAUUUCAAUGGUGGACGCCAAAGAGGGAGAAAUUGUGACCGAGGCUGUUGAAGUGCCGUUGGCUAAUGACCCAUUGCAAAACGACCAAUUUCUGAAAAUCGAGGAGUUUAUUGAUAGAGAUGAAUGCAUUUGUGAAGAUAAAACGAAUGAGGCAUCAGCAGUGGGGACUAACUUAGUUGAUAGUAGUCUAGUAGCUAGUUGUACAAGCGACAUGCCCAACUUUCGUGCUGGAAAAGAAAGUAACUUUAAAAAUUUCAGCACGCAUACACAUUCCUGCAGCAAGUGCAAUAAAUCGUUUUCCCAGCGCCGGCUUCUAAAUAGGCACUUGAAACGGCAUGAAAAAUGGGAGGAGAGCAAAAAUUUGCCUGUAAAGCCUUUAAAUACAGAUCAGCGUAUUCAAAUUAAGUGUGAUAUUUGUGGGCGCCGAUUCAACAAACCAGAAUCACUGCACGAACAUAAGCAGAAACAUACUGAUCAACCGCAAGGGGAAGCAAAAAAGAUAUACGCCUGUGAUUUAUGUGACAAAACAUAUAGUUCUAAGCGUAUGUUGGCCUACCAUAAAAAACGAAGUCAUUCUGAAGGAGCCUCUAUUGCAGCACCGGCGCGUCAUGUUUGUGAAUUUUGCAAUAAAGGCUUUCUAUUUCGUGCUAGCCUAGUUGACCAUCUCCGUACGCAUACAGGCGAGAAGCCGUUCUUGUGUUCGUUGUGUGGCAAAUCAUUUAGAUGUUCAAGCAAUAUGAAGCAGCAUUUAAUACGGCAUUCGGGCGUCAAGCGGUUCGAGUGUCCCGAAUGCCCCAAAAAGUUUGCUUGCAACAGCGAUUUGUCUAAACACAAAGUCAUACAUCGCCUGAUCAAGCCGCAUAAUUGCGACAUUUGUAGUGCUUCAUUUGCUAAAAGUUAUGAUUUAAAGGCACAUAAAAUGUACCAUAACGGCGACAAACCGUACAAAUGCAAAUACUGUGACAUGCGAUUUGUUUUAAUGGACAAACAGCGCCGCCAUAUGCGUACUCAUACCGGCGAAAAGCCCUACAAAUGCAAGUACUGUGAACGCGCUUUUGCCCAAAGUAACGACCUAAUCAAACAUUUGCGAAAUCACCUCGGUGAAAAUGUUUAUAAAUGCGAGUUGUGUCCCAGCGCUUUCCGGUUGGCUGCUGAGCUGCGGGUACACUUUGCUUUACAUAAAAACGAUGAUGAAGAGACUCGCGCUCGAAAUAUGCUGGCACUUAAAGAGGACGCUAGCUUGGGUUUACAUUUGAGACCUAAUGGCUUCAUGAGCAUAACUAACAGCUGAAGAAGUUGAUAAUGAAAUAAUUUAGGUUUGAGAUGUGUCCAAAAAGAGAAAUUUGGUUUUGAUUCAGCUUUUUUUAAUUCCGUUUUUAAAGAGACUUGUGAUGACAUCCUCUAUAUUCAUCUUUAAUUUCCUUUUUUUUAAACCUUGCUUAAUUUUUUUGAGUAGUGUAUUUUAAGACAGAGAUCGCCGAAAUUCCUAACUGACGAAAAAAGCCUUCAUCUUCCUCACUGCAACUCAGUUCAAGUGCAGUCAAUUUUAAUUUCCUCAUAUAUAUAUAUAUAUAUAUAGUUUAAAAAACUAAAACCUCCCUAUUAUAAUUGCCAUUCGU